AUGGCGCUGCCGACAUGCAGGCAAAGCUACCAACCACCAUCUCUCGCCUUCGAUGAUGUCGCCAGCGGGAGAAGAGGGUCUGAAGCAGUACGCCCAAUACUUCUUUCAGAUCUGAAGGAGAAAGAAAGGGAGAAGGCGAAGAAGAGUAGAUCCGGUGGUGGCGGCGGGCUCGGCCUUGAGGAGCGGCGGCGUCCUCCCCAGUCCCCUGUCUUCUCUUCAUCGUCACUAUUCCCCGCCAUCAUGCCUGCAACCACAUCCUUCUUUCCCUUAGCUCCCUCACAUGCUCAUUUUGUUUUUGUUUUUAGAAGAUUUUAG